GUGGUGGUGGUGGUGGUGAUGAUGGUGUAGGGGUGCAGCAGGGGAGUAGGGAGUGUACCUGGCUGAAGUACCCGACCACGCUGGCGUCGCGCUGGCGGUACAAGCUGCGACCUGAACGGGCUCUGACCUCAUGGACGGUGCCCAUGGUGCUCAUGAUGCUCCUUUUCCGUUUCUUUUGCAGCGACGACGAUGAUGACCAGCAGACGCCGCGCGCUGCAUUGGGGUCGUGGAAACCGCAGAAAUUUGUGGCGGGCCUGGGCGCGCUACCGCAUGCUGGGUGAGGAUGAGGGUGAGGGUGACAGUGGAGUGGGCUAGAGGUUCCAGCAGUCCAGCGGUCCAGCGGUCCAGCCUGGCCACCAGCGCAUCGUAUGGCACUGCUGGGCAGCGUCCAGCGCCCAUCCACAGCGCCCACCCACAGCACGCAUUCACUCUGGCUGGCCCUCCACUGCCUGCUUCCUCCCCCCCCGACAGCUGCAGGCAAAGUCGACGACUACUUAGGUACCGUACCUAACACACUCUCCCUAGUAGUACUUCGUAGGUAUGGGGCCAAGAACAGAGCCAAGCGCCCGGUGGGCCGUUCGACCCAUGCGCCUCGAUGGAUCAUCAGGUCGCCGCUGGGUGGAUAUGCACAGGCAUGGACGACGAGGGUUGACGAGGGUUGACGAGGAUUGGCGAGGGUUCCUGGUUGGCUUGGGCCUCCUUGGUCUGUCCUUGGGUCCCUGCCUGCCUACCUAGGUACCUAGUAGGUUGGCUUUACCUCUUUAGGGCUCCCUGGUCAGUACACACCCAGGUAGUACCUUGGUGCAUCCCUG